AUGCAGGCCUUUGUCCCCAAGAACCGCAAGCCGAAAUUCGAUCUCACCCUGCGCAUUAUCGACUUGACCAACAUCCCCCUGAUCUACGGAACCGCCUGUGUGAGGUGGCACCUCUCCUCUUCCAAUGCCGCGGAGCACCGCGGGCGCACCGAUAAGGCCCCGAUCGAAGAACACAAGGCGACAUGGGACUACUGCAAGGAGAUACCGGUGCGGCUGACCAUCGACAAGACGGGCAUGCUCCAGGAGUGCGACAUCCACUUUGAAGUCCUCCAGGAGUUCCAUGAAGGCGGAAGAGGUGGUCGUGUACAUCUGGGCAAUGUGAAGCUCAACCUGGCCGAAUACACUCGACUGUCCGACCUAUCACCGGCAGACCGUGAUCCUCAAGAUGAAGCCGACGACGGAAGCAUCACGAGAAGAUACCUCUUGCAAGACAGCAAGGUCAACAGCACGCUGAAGAUCGGGAUUAGAAUGAAACAGACCGAGGGUGACUCAAAUUUCAUCGCACCUCCACUGAGGUCGGCCAUGGUGGUAGGAGGCAUCGCGGGAGUUUUGACGACAGAGGCCGGCGAAGGAGACGACAUCCCGAGCAUCACAAGCAAGACGAGAGAAUUGUCAGAAGCCCAGGACAUCUAUCGAAGAACGCUGGCAGCGACAUGGGCUUGUCAAGCCGGGGAAAUGCCCCCGGAUAAGCUGAUCGAGAAUCUGUUUGCCGGAGGAGACGGCGGAGCGCGGCCACACUCGUCGAGCAGUAAAGCCAGCAACCAACAACAGCAAUUACAGCAACAGAUCGCCCGCCCCCCUUCGCGUGAAGAGAACGGCAGCAGCUCAAGCGACGAGCCCAGGCGACCCGUCACUCCGCGCCAACAGCUCUUAACACCUCAGGUGGCCGCUGGCGGCCCAGGCCAUGGUCACGGGCACCGGCGGGGAUCGAGUCGAGAUUCUCCUAAUCUGCAAACAGCUGCCGCGGGCGCAGUGAGUGGCCGAUCGAGCAUUGAGCAGCAGGUCCACGCCAGCCAGCAGGAGAACCGCCGGCGUGAUCGCCCAGAGUAUCACGAGGUCACCGAAUUUGAUCUCAGGGACGAUCUACGGAGUUGGCAAGUCCGAGUAAGAUGA